AUGCAAACCUCCUCAACCAAUCCCCGCAUCGAGACGGCGCACAGCUAUUUGCCUGUUAAGAAAACCAAAGAAACACAGAGCACACAACAAGACCAAAACAAAAAUAUGACCAGUCAUAACAUAGGCAAUGUGGAGAUGCUGCCCUACAUGUCCACCGGCCUACUGACAGAGUCUGGCAUUCUUAGACUAAGUUUAGGGAAGCAAUUCUGCAACAGGAAGCAUCAUCUGCGGUGUGAUGCUUUCAGCAAGCCUCUAACCACAGGAAGCGCUGUUCAUACACAUCCUCACACAGACCCCACGUACAGCAUGCAUGGGGUCGGUGCCGAUACCUGCGAGAGACAAAAAGUGUUGAAUCACACCUUAGAUAUGUCUGCUGCCACCAAACGGAAGGUCUGGCUGGUGUCUCUGGUGUCUCUGGUGAUUCUGGUGAUUCUGGUGGUUCUGAUGUAUCUGGCCUUCACUCACUUGUUGGCAUCCAAAGACGGGACUGUGGCUCCUCUGGAACUGAAGAGGGUCCAGCAGUAUGCAGUGGAUGUGACUCUUGAUCCUGAUACAGCACAUCCUAAUCUCAUCCUGUCUGCUGAUGGGAAACAAGUAUAUGAUGGUGAUGUGGAGAAGAAUCUCCCAGACAACCCAGAGAGAUUUUCCACAAAUCCCUGUGUUUUAGGAAAGCAGAGUUUGUCUUCAGGCAGAUUUUACUUUGAGGUUGAGGUUAAAGAGAAGACUGACUGGGAUUUAGGAGUGGCCAGAGAGUCGAUCAACAGGAAGGGAGACAUCCCACUGAGCCCUGAGGAUGGUUACUGGACUAUAUGGUUGAGAAAUGGAAAUGAGUACAAAGCUCUUGAUGAUACUUCAGUCGAUCUCUCUCUGAAGUCUCGUCCUCAGAAGGUGGGGGUGUUUGUGGAUUAUAAGGAGGGUCUGGUCUCCUUUUAUGACGUAGAUGCUGCAGUUCUUAUCUACUCCUUUACUGACUGCGCAUUCACUGAGAAACUCUACCCAUUCUUCAGUCCCUGUGUUAAUGAUGGUGGUAGAAACUCCGCUCCUCUGAUCAUCCGUCCUGUAUAUUAAACUGCCUGAUCUAGUUUCUAUGAUCGGCAACUUAAUGAGCAGCACCAACAAUUAUUGUGUUAAUGAUUAUGUUUUAAAUACACUGUAAAUACAGCCACAGGAGUCUAUACUAGCAGUCAGUGGAUUAGAGACCUUACAA